CCCUUCGAUUCCUUGCCUUUUUGAGAGCUUCGUUUCCAUAGUAAGCGAACGCCCCCCACCGACAAGGGUCUAUUCGAGCACUGAAUAAAAGAGGAAAUAAAGAGAGGAAGAUUUGCCAAGUUUUUGCCACGACGACGAGGAUACCCAGACGCAGGCGAAAGCGCAAACCGGAGGAGGAGCUCUCAGGAAGGACUUGCGUGUAGCCGCCGCGGCAGCGACGACGACGACGACGACGACGACGGUACCGGCCAGUGGCUGUCAGCGAGCAUGGAGCAAGGAGGUAGUAAUGAGGUCAUGGCGCCGCUGUGGAAGAUCAUCGCGAUCGCGGCCAUCGCGGCCGGGAUCCAGUUCGGCUGGGCCCUGCAGCUUUCCCUGCUGACCCCGUACAGCCAGCAGCUCGGCGUCCCGCACAUGUGGGCGUCCUUCAUCUGGCUCUGCGGCCCCAUCUCCGGCCUCCUGGUCCAGCCCAUCGUCGGCUACUUCAGCGACCGCACCAAGAGCCGCUUCGGUCGCCGCCGACCCUACAUCCUCGGCGGCGCCGGCUUCGUCGGCGUCGCCGUGUUCCUCAUCGGCUUCGCCGCCGACCUCGGCCACAUGGGCGGCGACAGCCUCGACAGUCCGAUGAAGCCCCGCGCAGUUGCCAUCUUCGUUGUCGGCUUCUGGAUCCUCGACGUGGCCAACAACAUGCUCCAGGGCCCCUGCCGUGCCCUCCUCGCCGACCUCUCCGCCCAUAACCACAAGCGCAUGCGCGUGGCCAACGCCUUCUUCUCCUUCUUCAUGGCCGUGGGGAACGUCCUCGGGUACGCCGCGGGCUCCCUUCCCAACCUCCACAAGUUCCUGCCCUUCACCACCACGGUCGCGUGCGACGUUUACUGCGCCAACCUCAAGACCUCCUUCCUCAUCCACAUCGUCUUUAUCUCGACGGUGACGAUCACCGCGAUCAGUUUAGUCAAGGAGACCGUGCACCCGGCACAGAAGGAGUUUGCGGAUGGCGAGCCCGAGCCAUCGACUCCGUUCCGCAAGGAGGUGACCACGGCGUUCAAGAACAUGUCCAGGCCAAUGUGGCUGCUCUACCUCGUGACCGCCCUCAACUGGAUCGCCUGGUUCCCCUUCCUUCUCUACGACACCGACUGGAUGGGCCACGAGGUGUACGGCGGGAAGCCGCAGGGGACGAACACCGAGAAGCGGCUCUACGGCCUCGGCGUCCAAGCCGGCGCCUUGGGUUUGAUGCUCAACGCGGUGAUCCUCGGUUUCGCCUCCCUAGUGAUUGAGCCCAUCGGCAAGUUGGUGGGUGGCGUCAAGAGGUGGUGGGGCAUUGUCAACAUCAUCCUAGCCAUCGGCUUGUUCUGCACCAUCCCCGUCACGAGGAUGGCCGAGGCGUACCGGGCAGCCCACGGCUUGGUCCCGCCCCCCGCCAACAUCAAGGGCGGCGCUCUCAGCAUCUUCUCCAUCCUCGGUAUCCCUCUCUCGGUCACAUUCAGCAUUCCGUUUGCUUUGGCAUCGAUCUACUCAUCCAGUUCUGGCGCUGGCCAAGGGCUUUCUUUGGGUGUUCUCAAUAUGGCCAUCGUCAUCCCGCAGAUGAUUGUGUCCGUCGUAAGCGGGAAGAUCGACCAGGCAUUCGGAGGAGGCAACCUUCCCGCGUUCAUCAUGGGCGGCGUUGCGGCCGUCAUGAGCGCCCUCAUGGCCGCCUUCCUGCUCCCGAACCAGCCGCCCUCACAAGCUUCCGUGCCCGCCCUCAUGGCCGGUGGCGGACAUUGAUCCGGAACCGAAUCAUCUUGACGCCACCUUUAACUGCUAGGAUCUACCUCUCUUUUUUCCCCUUCGUCCUUAACGUACGCACGCUCGUUUUGUUCCCGCGGUGUCGCCCGGCUUCAUCCCGGUCCAAAAUGAAGUCGCUUUGCCGCCGCCGGGUUUUUGUUUUUGUUUUUUUUGUUUUUUUUGUUUUUUGUGAAUCUUGUGGCUUGGUUCCCUUUUUGUAUUUCCCCGAUUCUGUAAUAAAUU